AAGAAGAAGGAAUCCAUUCCCCGUUUGUGGUCCUAGUGAAGGAAGCGCUGCUCCGAGGGAGUCCGCAUCUUCGUACGGGACUGGACGGAGCCGCGACACAGUGGGGGGGUUAGGAGUUCGGUUUGACUUCGAAGACUUUCUCUACAUGGGGCAAAGAAAUGACAUCUACAACCAGCGAAAGAAGGGCGUUUGCCCAUAAAAUUAACCGGACGGUGGCUUCAGAGGUCCGAAAGCAAGUGUCCAGAGAUUAUGGCUCUCCUCAACUUUCAAAGAAGAGAGGAGCUGCACACCAUCCUUUACCCCUGACCGAAGUGGUUGAGCCUGUGGACUUUGAGGAGUAUGUCAGCAGUCACGCUCCUGCAGUAGAGCCUGGCCUCCUCAGACAGCUGACGGAGUUCCCACAGGAUGACCUGGAGCUCCUCCAGCUGGAUAAAGAGUGCACAACACUAGAGCCCCCACUUCCUGAGGAGGAGGACACGCUGGAUCCCAGAGUGAGAGAUGCCUUGGCCGUCUACACAGAUGACUGGCUCAUCAUUCAAAGAAAGUAUCAGCGCUACAGCACCACAUGCACCCCCCACAGCUCUGAACGUCAGAGGGAGAGACAGCGCGGGUUACUCAAACAGACCUUUGAACUGGACGAAGCUGCUGCUGCUGAGCGCCAUGACGAUCAGGAUGACGCAAAGCGGAGGUCAGUCUCCCUUGAUGAGACACCUCGGGGCAGCUGGGCCUCCAGUAUUUUCGACCUGAAGAACUCCUCACCUGAUGCCCUCUUGCCAUCUGUACUGGAACCAACAGUUGCAGAAGAUAUGGACCGACGUAAUACAGAGAGUCGCCUGCAGGGGCGCCAUUCUGACCUGCUCGGUCUGUACUCUUCUCCUGAUGAGGAUGAAGCAGUAGAGAGAUGCUCUGUCCCUGAAGUACCCAAGGAACACUGUGGCCAGAGGAUCUUGGUCAAGUGUCUUUCUCUAAAAUUUGAAAUAGAAAUUGAGCCAAUAUUUGGAACACUUGCCUUGUAUGACAUCAGGGAAAAGAAGAAGAUUUCUGAGAAUUUCUACUUUGACCUGAACUCUGAUCAGAUGAAAGUGCUGCUUAAACCUCACACGCCUCACACAGCCAUUUCCACACUGGCACGUUCUGCCAUUUUCUCCAUCACUUACCCUUCUCCUGAUAUUUUCUUAGUCAUAAAGCUCGAGAAAGUGCUGCAACAAGGAGACAUUGGAGAAUGCUGUGAGCCCUACAUGGUCAUGAAAGAAUCUGAUUCUUCUAAGCACAAGGAGAAGCUGGAGAAACUGCGUCAGCAGGCAGAGCAGUCUUGCAGUCGUCUUGGCCAAUUUCGUAUGCCUUUUGCCUGGACGGCCAUUCACCUACUUAACAUCGUCAGCAGUGUGGGAGGUCUGGAUCGCUUGGAACCUGACUCUGAUUCUGAGCGAAAAGGUCUUGGAACAUGGAAUGAAAGAAAGAAGAAGGCUUUUGAGCGGAUGAGUGUUGGUGACGAUAUGUGUAAUUUUGCUACCUUCCGUCCGGCAACCCUGACUGUAACAAACUUCUUCAAACAGGAGGGUGACAGACUCAGCGAUGAGGACCUCUACAAGUUUCUGGCAGAUAUGCGCCGGCCAUCCUCUGUACUCAGGCGAUUGAGGCCUGUCACAGCCCAGCUGAAGAUUGACAUUUCUCCUGCUCCCGACUCGCCUCACUACUGUCUGUCACCGGAGCUGCUUCAUGUGAAACCUUAUCCAGACCUGCGUGUCCGCCCAACCAAAGAAGUGCUGGAAUUCCCUGCUCGUUACUUGUACACACCCCACACCACUUACAGGAAUCUGCUCUAUGUUUAUCCACAAAGUCUGAACUUUAGUAGUCGUCAGGGCUCCGUGCGAAACAUCGCCGUCAAGGCUCAGUUCAUGGCAGGAGAGGACUCCAGUCAAGCUUUACCAGUUAUCUUUGGGAAGUCGAGCUGUGUGGAGUUCAUGAGUGAGGCAUACACGCCUGUCAUCUACCACAACAAGUCUCCUGAGUUUUAUGAGGAGAUCAAGAUGAAGAUUCCUGCCAAUCUAACAGACAACCACCAUCUGCUGUUCACUUUCUACCACAUCAGCUGCCAGCCCAAACAGAACACUCCUCUGGAGACGCCUGUGGGCUACACCUGGAUCCUUCUGAUGCAACAUGGCCGGCUACGCACCGGUUCUUUCAGUCUGCCCGUCUCAGUGGAAAAGCCUCCACCUAGCUAUUCUGUACUUACACCUGAUGUUCAGCUCCCAGGCAUGAAAUGGGUUGAUAAUCACAAAGGAGUGUUCAACGUAGUGGUAACAGCGGCCUCCUCAGUUCACACUCAGGAUCCACACCUGGACAAGUUCUUCACACUUGUGUAUGUUCUGGAGGAGUAUUCCUUCCCCUUCCGCCUUAAGGACGUCAUCAUUACUGAGGCAAACAUUGAGGGGGAGCUGAAAGCCAGCAUGGCUGGUCUUAGGGGAGCCCUGCUCGAUACCUGUAUCGGGUUUCUGCACCAGCUGCUCAACAAAAUCAUUCAGCUUAUUGUCUACCCUCCAGUCAUUGCCGGACAAAUUGUGAAUCUGGGCAGGGUGGCCUUUGAAGCUAUGGCUUUGUUGGUCAACCAGAUUCACAAGAACCUGGAGGGAAACCAGGAUCUGCACGGCUGCAACAACCUCCUGGCAUCUUACAUCCAUUACUGCUUCCGUCUGCCCACUGCUGAACCUACAGCUCCCCCCACAUUAGGCACCCAAUCCUAUGAGAUGCCGAUGCAAUAUGCCACCUUAUCGAGAGCAACGGGUCGCCCAAGUAGCCUGCAGCUGUCACGCUCCAAGAGCAUCAGCAGCUCCAACCCGGAUCUUGCAAGCACUCCAAUUUCUCCCGAUGAAGAGGUGCAAAGGAUCAUAGGGAGCAAGGGUAUUGACCGUUCACACUCCUGGGUAAACUCUGCUUAUGCCCCUGGGGGCUCCAGAUCUGUGCUACGCCGGAACCCCAACUCCAGCUGUGACCUGAAGCAGGCAAACGACCGCAGCUGCAAUCGCAUGUCUGCCUUUCUGGACAGCGUGGCUUUGUUUUCAAUUCCCACAAGGCAGAUUACAAAGAAGUUGCUCCACGAGGAGCUGGCACUGCAGUGGGUGGUCAGCACCAGCAUGGUGAGGGAAGCAGCUCUUCAGCAGGCCUGGUUUUUCUUCCAGCUUAUGACAAAGAGCAUGGCCCAUCACUUAUUCCUGACCUCAAAAUUUGAUGUUCCAAGACGUCAGCGCUUCCCAGACCGCUUUGUGGAUGACAUUGCUGCACUUGUGUGCGCCGUGAGUGCAGAUAUUGCCAGCCGAUACCACAAGGACGUAGAACUUGUGGAGAGAUUGAAUAACAGUCUCGCAUUCUUCCUGAAUGACCUGCUGUCUCUCAUGGACCGGGGCUUUGUGUUUAAUCUCAUCCGCACCUACUACAAACAGAUUGGCAACAAGCUACACACAGCACAGAACCCCAGCUCGCUGAGUGCACUCAGGAUGGACUUCACUCGAAUAGUGUGCAGUCACGAGCACUACGUCAUCCUCAACCUGCCCUGCUCCACUCUCAGCCCUCCAGCCUCCCCCUCCCCAUCCACCUCCUCCACCACCUCACAGAAUUCAGCAUUUUCCAGUAUGGUGCAGGACCAGGGUGUGGCCACCAUGUUUGAACUCUCCGUCCCUUUUCGUCAGCAGCACUUCCUGUCUGGAUUGCUGCUCACUGAGCUCUCUCUCAUCCUAGAUCCUGAUGGAGAAGGGGUGUUCUUCCUUCAUAAAAAAGCCAUCAGUGCAGUUCAUUCCCUACUGUGCAGCCAUGAUGCAGACCCUCGUUACAUUGACCCUCAAGUCAAAUCCCAUAUUGCUCAGCUCUACCUGCCUCUCAUUCCCAUCGUAAUGGAAUCCCUUUAUCAGCUCCACGACUUCUCAGACUCCUCGCCCACUCGGGUCCGCCAUGCUUCUGCACAUGUAGAUGAUGGUGAUCCAGACAUUAGCAACACUAUCAGUCAGUCUGUUGCUAUGGCAAUUGCUGGCUCCCCUUUACCGCAUGCCAAAGCCAACCCGUUUGCACUGCCUUCAGUGGCCGGACGGCAGAGCAGUUUUCUGUCUGCUGAGUGCAGCAGGACUCUAUUAGUGUGUUUCCUGUGGGUGCUGAAGAACGCAGAUGCAGCUCUCCUGGAGCGCUGGGUGUCAGAUUUGUCUGUACUUCAAAUCAACCGCCUGCUGGAUUUGCUUCAUCUCUGCAUCUCCUGUUUUGAGUACAAGGGAAAGAAGGUUCUGGAGAGGCUUAACAGCCUGACAUUUAAAAAGUCUCAGGACAUGAAAGCGCGUCUGGAGGAGGCCAUAUUGGGCACCAUCGGAGCUCGUCAGGAGAUGGUUCGCCGCUGUAGAGAAAGGAGUCCCUAUGGUAGCCAGGACAAUGUUAGGUGGAGGAAGAAUGUUACACACUGGAGACCACACACAGACCGAGUUGAUAAGACUAAGGCUGAGGUGGAACAGGAGUCCUUGGUGGAUGGAAACCUGGCAACUGAGACCUCUUUGAUUGUUCUGGACACACUGGAGAUCGUAGUUAAGACUGUGGUGGCCUCAGAGCUGAAGGAAAGUGUUUUGGGUGGAGUACUGAGGGUACUCCUCCACAGUAUGGCAGGCAACCAGAGUGCCCUCUUCCUGCAGCACUGCUUCACUACACAGAGGGCUCUAGUUUUCAAGUUUCCAGAGAUGCUGUUCGAGGAGGACACAGAGCUUUGUGCAGACUUGUGCCUGCGCCUCCUCCGACACUGCAGCAGUAGCGUGAGUUCUGUCAGAAGUCACGCCUCCGCCUCGCUCUACCUGCUCAUGAGACAGAACUUUGAAAUUGGAAAUAACUUUGCACGAGUAAAGAUGCAGGUGACCAUGUCACUGUCUUCCCUGGUGGGAACGUCACAGAACUUCAAUGAGGAGCAUCUUCGUCGUUCACUCAAGACUAUCCUGACUUACGCUGAGGAGGAUCUGGACCUGCGUGACACGCCCUUCCCAGAGCAGGUCCAGGAUCUGGUGUUCAACCUUCACAUGAUUCUAACUGAUACUGUGAAGAUGAAGGAGCAUCAACAGGAUCCAGAAAUGCUCAUUGACCUAAUGUACAGGAUUGCCAAAGGCUACCAGAACUCUCCAGACCUGCGUCUGACAUGGCUCCAGAACAUGGCCGGGAAGCACUCAGAGAGAGGGAACCAUGCUGAGGCAGCACAGUGUCUGGUCCAUGGUGCUGCACUGGUGGCAGAAUAUUUGAACAUGUUGGAGGAUUGCCGCUACCUGCCAAUUGGAUGUGUCUCAUUUCAGAAUAUUUCUUCCAACGUGUUGGAGGAAUCGGCCAUAUCGGAUGACGUCUUGUCUCCAGAGGAGGAAGGGAUUUGUUCAGGGAAGUACUUCAGUGAAUCUGGCCUGGUGGGCCUCCUGGAGCAAGGAGCUGCCUCUUUUAAUAUGGCCGCCAUGUACGAGGCAAUAAAUGAAGUCUACAAGAUCCUGCUGCCCAUCCACGAAGCCAACAGAGACUUUAAAAAACUUGCUUCUCUGCACGGAAAGCUACAGGACGCCUUCAGUAAAGUUUGCAACCAGAGUUCAGGAUGGGAGAGAAUGUUUGGAACCUAUUUCCGCGUGGGGUUUUAUGGCUGUCGAUUUGGUGACCUGGAUGAACAAGAGUUUGUCUACAAGGAGCCAUCGAUCACUAAACUAGCCGAGAUCUCCCACAGAUUAGAGGAGUUCUAUUCACUGAGAUUUGGCGAUGACGUGGUUGAAAUGAUCAAGGAUUCUAACCCAGUGGACAAGAACAAAUUGGAUCCCAACAAGGCCUACAUCCAGAUCACUUAUGUCGAGCCCUUUUUCGACACUUACGAGCUCAAGGAAAGAAUCACUUAUUUUGAUAAGAACUACAAUCUGCGUACCUUCAUGUACUGUACUCCUUUCACUCUGGAUGGCCGUGCCCAUGGGGACCUACAUGAGCAGUACAAGCGCAAAACCAUGCUGACCACAUCACACGCCUUCCCGUACAUCAAGACACGAAUAAAUGUCACUCAGAAGGAGGAGAUCAUUCUAGUUCCGAUGGAGGUGGCUAUUGAGGACAUGCAGAAGAAGACUCAGGAGCUCGCUUUCGCCACAAACCAGGAUCCUGCAGACCCCAAGAUGCUGCAAAUGGUGCUGCAGGGCUGUGUCGGCACCACUGUCAACCAGGGUCCUCUUGAGGUGGCGCAGGUUUUUCUUUCCGACAUUCCUGACGACCCGAAGCUGUUUCGCCAUCACAACAAACUACGCCUCUGCUUUAAAGACUUUACAAAAAGGUGUGAAGACGCCCUGAGGAAGAAUAAAGCUCUGAUUGGACCAGAUCAGAAGGAGUACCACAGGGAGCUGGAGAGGAACUACAAUAAACUGAAAGAAGCUCUGGGUCCUCUCAUCAACCGCAAGAUCCCCCAGCUAUACAGGACCCUGCCAGCUCCCAUUACACAGGCACAACGGAACUCCUACAGUAGGUCCAGUCUGCGCAAAGUGGACUGCUGAAGCAUAGUGUAGUGGAUAAAAACCAAAAACCACAAGCUUUAAAAAUGAGCUUCCUCUCAUCCCGUCUGCCCAACAACUGCACUGCACACCAACUGUCCCAAGACCACAUGCACGUCCUCGCCGUCAUUUCCCUCAUUAUUUUAUCCAUCCUGUCCAUCCAUCCCGCCCUCUUUCAGGCCACCCAGUCCUGCCAAAACCCCUCAACCAACACAAACCCAAUUGUCACCUCUUCUCCCACCGCCCACCCUGACUCUGGUCUCUCACCCGUCUGUUGGAGGAAACCGGGACUGUUUAUACUGGAAGGCUAUCUGCACUGUAAACACGCUCAUUUGGAGCAGGGCUCUCACUCUGCAGCAUUUAAAGCCAACUGCCUCGCUGGCAACCCCAAAGUCAUCACUCUGAGCUUGAACUGGUUUUAACUUUAAUCUUUUACAGAACUGUAGCUGCUAAAUAUGUUUUAUAUCCAGAUCAUGGGGUUUGUACUUUAGGAAUGUGUCUGUUUUCCAUUUGUUGUUCAAGGAGCUAUAGUUUGUCUGUUUUUUUGGCUUUGCUUUACAUGUCUGAUUUCUUUUAAGCUUUGCCUCACAGUGGUGACUGCCAAACUUGGUUGUUACGUAGUCCAAGGGAGAUUUUUGUUGCUAUCAACAGACCAAAUAACUGACAUUCCUUCUUCCUGAAGUUGUCGGAUUCAUUACUGAUUUCUCGUUAUAAAGAAUUCAUCAUAGCGUCGAGGUGGGGGUCUUCCUGUCCAAACUCAGGUCUCCAUUUCCAGAUUUUAGCCCAAAAGGGAUGCAAGUACUUAAGCAGGGAAAGAGAAAAAGAAAGGGGAAAAAAAAAUAGUGCAGGAGAGGAAGGCAGGAUGGGACGUUUAAAAUUUGUUCUUUAAAACUGUGAACUCUAGUUAAUGCACUGCAGUAACAUUAGAUGUUUGUCAUAGAUGCACUGCUGCUGCCCGGACUGACUCUCAUGUAUAUGAAUAUGUUCAAACUGGGACAUUUAUUAUGAUUCUGCAGUGCACUUCCCCAAAUAUAUUUUGUAUUUCUUGGAACAUCUCUUUUUAUUUCAACUGCUGUGAAAAAGCACUACAAAUAUGUUAUGUAUCACUGUGUUUGUCAUAGAGUAACUGUAUAAUUAAUGUAGCCAUUUAUAACUACUGUAUCAAUUCUAUUGCACUAUUGUAAACAAACUGCAGAAUGUUUGCAUUGUAACUGCUAAAAUAUUUGUGCUUUUAUGUUACAAUACUGGCUGGAAACGUAUUUUUUACCAAUUCAAUAUACAUUUUAUUUAUUUUUCUUUUUUUCUUUUCUUUUUUUUUUACACUGCCUUGUAUUAAAUUUCUCUUUACUACCA